GUUUCAGAUAACAAUCAUUAUAAUAGUUUUAUACAUAAAUAUCAUAGGUGUGGUAGUGGUAUGACCUAUGAUCCUGAACAUCAACGAUGUGAUUUAUCAAAAAAUAUUGAAUGUAAAGAUGGUGAAAGACCAAGUUGGACACCACCCGAAGGAUGGGGACAAAGUGAAAGUGUAACAAAUUAUGUUAUAACAAAAACAACAACAUUGUCUCAUGAUAAUAAUGAUGAUGAUGAUGUUGAUGUUGAAAUAAAAAAGAAGACACGAGUAUCAAAAUAUCGUAAAGUAACAACUAAAUUAACAACUAUUUCAACAAAAUUAGUACGAAAUCGAGUAACAUUAUCUAUGUCUGAACUUAUGGAAAAUAAUGCUUGUACAUUUCAAGGCAAUAUGCCUGAUCCAAAUAAUUGUCAAUCUUAUUAUACAUGUCGAGAUGAUGUUAUAAAACGUAUUCGUUGUCCAGAAAAACAAUUAUUUGAUGAAGAUGCACGAAUAUGUAGUGAUUAUCGAAAAGUUUUUUGUGGAAAUCGACCAAUAAAUGAACGUGAUAAUGAUCCAUGUCUUGGUCAACAAAAUGGAUGGUAUGCUGAUAAUGAAAAUCAAUGUCGUACAUAUUAUUUAUGUACAGAACAACGUAAAACUAAAAUGGGUGAAUGUUCAUUAGGUUCAAAAUGGAAUUCACAAAAAGUUCGAUGUGAUGAUCCAAGAAAUAUAAUUGCACCAUGUGGACUUCGUAGUAAUAAUGGAAUUUUAUUGUUUUCUCAAUAUUAUUCUAUUAUAGUUAUAAUUUUUUCUAUUUUUUUCUUCUUAUUAACAUUACCAUGA